AUGCCGAUGUCGAUAGUUAUGUCUCUCAGCCACAAACAGGGAGUAAUGAGACAGGCUAUUAUAGUAGUGAGAGAGGUUAUAUCAAAUCAUUCCGCCGUUACUGGCCCUUUGUUUUAUAUGGAGUCUUGGGGACGCUUCCCAAAGGAAAGGAAUCGUUUUUUCAAGUUAAUAUCUGAUAGUAAGAGGGAUGGGGUUUUCUUCAUAAGCGGAGAUGUUCAUUUUGGAGAAAUAACCCGAUACGACUGUGCUACUCGAUAUCCCCUGUAUGAUAUAACCUCAAGUGGGCUCACUCAAGCUGUUGAAAAGGCAGUCCCACCACCCUUACGUUUCAUCGUGAGAUUUGUGGCAUGGUUGAUGCCAACUACAAUGAGACAAAAUGCCGAUGUCGAUAGUUAUGUCUCUCAGCCACAAACAGGGAGUAAUGAGACAGGCUAUUAUAGUAGUGAGAGAGGUAAGCGACCAAAACUGACUACUUUAGAGGUUAUAUCAAAUCAUUCCGCCGUUACUGGCCCUUUGUUUUAUAUGGAGUCUUGGGGACGCUUCCCAAAGGAAAGGAAUCGUUUUUUCAAGUUAAUAUCUGAUAGUAAGAGGGAUGGGGUUUUCUUCAUAAGCGGAGAUGUUCAUUUUGGAGAAAUAACCCGAUACGACUGUGCUACUCGAUAUCCCCUGUAUGAUAUAACCUCAAGUGGGCUCACUCAAGCUGUUGAAAAGGCAGUCCCACCACCCUUACGUUUCAUCGUGAGAUUUGUGGCAUGGUUGAUGCCAACUACAAUGAGAGUAAUGAACAAAAGUUGUAGGUACAAGUCAUGCAUUUAUGGACAAUCAAAUUUUGGAGUGAUUGAGAUAAACUGGGAUUCAACUCCUGUGACUUUGAAAUUUGAAGUGAGGGAUGUAAGCGGAUUGCCUGUUGCUAGUGUGAAUGUCUCGCUAUUGGAACUUCAAGGCCAAAUGGUAGACCCUAAAUCUGCCAAGAAAGCAAGAGGAUAUGAAAAACACUGCUCUCUUGAACUUAAUCUACCAGGGAUUGUCCGAUAUCGGUUGGCUAUCUUGUUCUUUUCUGCUUUAGCUGUGUUGCUUCUCGGAUUGCUAGGACUCGUGUAUGCAGUUAUGUCAGUUUGCAGGCAGCAUCUCCGCAAACGCAAGCUUGAUUGA